GCGCGCGGAGCCGCACGGCCGGGGAGCGCUGCCCGCCGGGAUCCCUGCCCGACUGGAGCCCCUGUCCACCGGGAUCCCUGCUCUAGGGGAGCCCCUGCCCGCCGGGAGCGCAGCAUGGACAGCCUCCAUCUGCAGGACUUCGUGGCGGGCUUGGUGGGCGGAGUUGCCAGUGUGUUUGCGGGCCAUCCCCUGGACACGGUCAAGACUCGUUUGCAAGCUGGACAAGGAUAUGGAAAUACAUUCAAGUGUGUUCUCACUGUGUACAGAAAUGAGUCUCUGACAGGCUUCUUCAAGGGCAUGUCCUUCCCACUGGCCAGCAUUGGCAUCUACAGCUCGGUGGUGUUUGGAGUCUUCAACAACACGCAGCGGCUCCUGAGCCAGCUCCGCCACGGGGACCCGGCCGCCGCGCCCUCGCUCACCGACAUGACUCUGGCCAGCCUCGUGGCUGGGGUCAUCUCUGUGGGCAUUGGCACUCCCGUGGAACUGGUCAAGAUAAGGCUGCAGAUGCAAACACAGCCGUGCACCAAAGCAAACAUUAAACUAAAUUCCACAGCUCCUGGAUCUCCUGUGUACCGAGGCCCAAUUCACUGCUUAAGGACAAUCCUACAGAAAGAGGGGAUACCAGGAAUAUACAGAGGCAACGUAGCAAUGCUCCUGAGGGAUGUUCCUGGCUACUGCGCCUAUUUUAUCCCGUACGCAAUGUUCUGUGACUGGAUAACUCCUCAUGGAAGCAUUGCUCCUAAUGCCUUCGCCAUCUGGGUGGCAGGGGGUGUAGCAGGAGCCGUUUCCUGGGCAGUAUGUACUCCAAUGGAUGUUGUGAAAAGUCGAAUUCAGGCAGAUGGAGUUUAUUUAAACCAGUACAAAGGGACCCUUGACUGCAUCUUGCAGAGCUACCAGAACGAGGGCUUAAAAUGUUGCCAAGAAGACCAGAAAGUCUCCUGCCUUCCUGAGCCAGAUCAGCAGUGUGGUGUUGGUGAGGGCUCAGCUGCCCUGACCGAAGACUCCCACCCUGCACCUGCAGCAGCUGCUGUGGACACGUGGUCCAUGGAGCACUCCGAAAGUGGCACCAGCUCAAUCAAACCCAAAGACUAUUUUAUUAUCAAAUCUUUCACUGUUGACUAAGAGCACUUUAGUAAUUAUGGUGGUGAUGGUGGGCUUCUUCACCAAUGGCAUUUUUUUGUUUUGAACCAGGAAGAGAACUUCCCUUUCCCAAGGGAUGUACCCAAACCCAGCCCACCUCAAAUCACCAAGGGAGCGUCUUUUGUAUGACACGGCAAUAUAACACUCGUCUUCUUUGGUGAACAAGGAAAGGAGGAAAUGCAGUGGGUACACAGGUGCUUUUUCUGGAUUCCCACCAAAUCCUAGCUUGCUUUCAGGUUCAAAGAAGUGGGUGACUCCUCCCAUACAGACACGUGUGCUCUACAACACAGUUUGGCACAAUUUAACACAUUAUCAUGAAAAAUGUAAAGGCUUCAACAUCUUCAGUCUGUUAUCCAAAGUAUAAAUUGAAUUGGGAAACAGAAGGAUGUUAAAUUCAGAGACUAAGAUGCUUUUUUUAUAUACAGAAAACAAUAAACCAAGUUUGCAUUUCA